AUGUCGAAUCAAAAUGGAGGUUUAUCUGCGAGUCCAACAAAGGAAAAGAUUGCCUCUCUGGUAUGUGCAACUGACCACGUCACAGAUCAAAUUAGAAACAGCCACAUUCUGCAACCAUCCUUUACAGACACUUCUAUAGAUGCAUAUUGGACGUCGAAUAAACCUAAGGUUGUCAUAUCUGAGUCACGAUUACCUCGUCAGUCUGUCGUGAGUGUUGUCGCUGCUGAAGUUGCUACAUUUUUCGACGUAUUUGGUUUUCUUGGAGUGCCUAUGGUCUUCAUGUUCAUUCUCUCAGCUGCUUGGACUUUUAUGUUAGCUGUUAUUCAAGUGUGUGCCGACGACAUGGCAAACAUAAUCAUGAAUACCACCGAUUUUGACAAUGGCAAAUUCUGGCUCCUACCUCGACCAAAUGAUGCAGUUAUUUAUUCAUCUACUGUCUUGCUUACGGUGUUUGGAGCAGGCUAUUUAGGGCUAGCCAUAAAAAUGCUAUUUUUCUAUCGUGCCAAUUGUCCUCCUGAGCUCAAAACUGCGGCUAAAGUGGUUGAGAAACCAAAAAUUGCUGCUCAAGUGCUAGACUACCCAAAACUUUCGAUUUUAGGUCAGAUUUCAGAAACAUGGUACCAUUUUCAGAAACGCAUUGGUUGGAUUCAGCUCAAGUCUGAUAUACCAGUUGAUAUUAUUCAGCAUUAUUACACUGCGGCACUUGAUCUCCCAAAGCUUAUUUUCCAGACUCUUACACUUUAUACGUACCUCGAGAAAGGGUUUACAAUUGGGAUCAUCUAUACCUACUCUGUAUUACUGCUAUGUAAUUGGCUUGUAGCUUCGUAUCGCAGCCAAUGCUACGUUGCAGACUCUGCGUUGGUCUUGGCUCGGCUCUAUUAUACCUUUGACUUGUUCUUUGCUGUUUUUGCACCGCUUGUGGUAUUUGUGUAUUAUAUCGACACUUUUGAGUUUGAUCGAGCGGCAUUCUUAACAAAAACCGAAACGAUCCAUGCGGGGACAUUCGAUACGGUUGCUCGUCUUUUUGGUGAUCCGUCCCAAAUUUCGAGCUUCUGUAGCGCUUUUCAUUAUUUGCAAUUUACUUCAGGCUCAACAUUAUUUUAUAAAUCAGCGCUGAAUUUGCUCUCUUUGUACAAGUGGAAAAAAAUCAUUACGACUUUGAUCCACAACUAUCAUGAACGUCAACUCGAGCAAAGGCUUAAAGUCGUGAUUCGACCAGCUGCCAGGCCUGCAUCGCGUACAGCAAGUAUACGAAAUACUGUGAAGCAGCUGUCGAGGACUUCAUUGAGACUCAAACAUGGCAGGCAUGUUGGGAUUAAACUCUUUCUAUCGAUAUCAUUUUUUUGUGCGGGAAGUGGCAUUUUUUGCUACUCCAUAGGAGCUAUCGAGUCCACCAACAGCCUGUGUAGCAAGUUUCAUAAAUGUACUGUCGCAAGCUACCAGUGGAAUUUUGGGUCCGACUACUGCACCUGUCUAGUGUUUGUGGACCGUCAGAUUGCACCGAAAUCUUACGCUGAGUGGACGGAUCCUGAAGACACCACAGCUGAUUUGGCUCAACUUGCUUUUGCUGGAAAACUGCGCAUUGUACAAAUUAUCAAUCGCGCUGUCCCUAGAAUACCAGAAGAGUUGAGAAAUUGCGAAUUCCUUGAGCAAUUAAUUCUAGUCUACACCAAAACUACGGCUUUACCUGAAUGGCUAUCGAAGUUCUCCCAUCUUGAGUAUCUGCAUAUCGAAGGAGAUUUUGCAGGCAAGACUUUGACAGAGAUGCCGGAUGGACUCUUUGAUAGCAUGCCAAAUCUCUCAUUUCUGCACUUGGGUGGCAUUCCCCAUGUGCAAAAGAUACCAUCUCUUUCAAGACUGAAAAAUUUGCGCUACUUAACAUUAGCUCUGAUUGAUUCUCUUGAAAAAUUUCCAAGCUUUGAAGGGCUGUCGCAAUUAUAUGAUUUGACUAUCGUCAGUGCACCACGUGCUGCAGUGCUACCUUCGAUGAAAUCAUUAGUCAACUUAAAAACCCUGAAAAUACGGCCAAAAUGCGCCGUGUGCUGCAAUGGAUUCAUAUCUGGAGUUUGUGACAUGACGCCGAUCUCGUGUUUGCCUGUGCCGUAUGAAAGAUAUCCUCUGUCUUGUACUGAUUCGCGAAUAUCUGAUGACGACAAGGCUUUUCUUGAAAUGUUUGGAGGCUAUAUUUGCCCUAAUGAACCCGUUAUUGAUCGAAUUGCAAUGGCACCAACUGAAUAUACAACCGACAAACUUUGUGGCGGCGUCAAAUACAAAGAAUGUAUCCACAACGCUGUCCAAGGAAUUUGCUAUAACACUCGGAUGAUGGUCAUUAGUUGUGAAACAGCGCCUGGAUACAUCGAUAUGCGAAAGCUUCAAAUUCAGCGUGGUGUCGGUGAUCGGUGCGAUCCAGACGUGGAAGCAUGGCUUGGAUGUACAUCACUGCCGGAUUAA